UGUGAACUGCGGAAGGACUCGGGGCCAGUGUGCCUGGGAGCGGCCAGACAGGUCCCUUCCCUUUUGCAGACUUCCGCUAUCCUAAACUGGGGCUGUCAGGGAAGGAGUGGGGUUUGCCCCCACGCGCCCCAGAAGCUGCCUCCUACCUGUCCUUCCUGUGCGAAACGUAGAACGGGACGGGAAAGAACCCUGACCGCUGUGAAAUUACUCUCUGUAGGCGAUGACAGAUACGGCCACAGCGCUUGAGGCUGCCCCUCUUUCAGACUUUGAAAAGUGUAAUGGGAAACCCAGGAACUUUCAAAAGAGGUCUUUUACUGUCAGCUUUGUCUUAUCUGGGUUUUGAAACUUACCAGAUUAUCUCUCAGGCUGCUGUGGUUCAUGCCACAGCCAAAGAUGAAGAAAUACUUGAACAAGCAGACUACCUGUAUGAAAGCGGAGAAACAGAAAAACUUUAUCAGUUGCUAGCCCAGUACAAGGAAAGUGAAGAUGCAGAGUUACUGUGGCGUUUGGCACGGGCAUCACGUGAUGUAGCUCAGCUUAGCAGAACUUCAGAAGAGGAGAAAAAGCUAUUGGUGUAUGAAGCCCUAGAGUAUGCAAAAAGAGCACUAGAAAAAAAUGAAUCAAAUUUUGCAGCUCAUAAGUGGUAUGCAAUCUGCCUUAGUGAUGUUGGAGAUUAUGAAGGCAUCAAGGUUAAAAUUGCAAAUGCGUACAUUAUCAAGGAGCAUUUUGAGAAAGCAAUUGAACUGAACCCUAAAGAUGCUACUUCAAUUCACCUUAUGGGUAUUUGGUGCUAUACAUUUGCUGAAAUGCCUUGGUAUCAAAGAAGAAUUGCUAAAAUGCUGUUUGCAUCUCCUCCUAGUUCCACCUAUGAGGAGGCCUUAGUCUACUUUCACAGGGCAGAACAAGUGGACCCAAACUUCUACAGCAAAAACUUACUUCUCUUAGGAAAGACAUACUUGAAACUACACAACAAAAAGCUUGCUGCUCUGUGGCUAACGAAAGCCAGGGACUAUCCAGCACACACAGAAGAGGAUAAACAGAUACAGACAGAAGCUGCUCAGUUGCUUACAAGUGUCAGUGACAAGAAUUGAGAACUUUUCAGAGAAGAUGUAUGAAAUAGCUAAUAAACACUGCCUUUUCGUUGAAUUAUAAAGUUCACAUAUGAAGCAUAA